CCAGAGCACACAAUGGUGCAUUGGUCAGGCGAGAUGAAGCACAUCAUAGUUGUGAUCAUUGCCGUGCUGAGUGCCCUGCACAGGGAUGUACUCUGCUCAACAAAAACCGGCUGUCCUCGGCGCUAUCUGAGACGCAUCAACGGCAAGUGUUACUACUUUUCAGUUAAAAAGCUGAACUGGUUUGGUGCUCUAAACAAUUGUCUACGCAAGGGCCUCACACUGGCCGACCUGAGCAAUCCACGAGAUUUCUACGGUGCUAUCGAAUUUCUGAGCUCCAAAGGCAACACGGAGGACUUUUGGUUUGGUGCCAACGAUCUGCAAACCGAGGGCCGUUUUCAAUAUAUCAGCAACGGUCGCUUAGUACGUUACUUCAGCAAUUACAGUCUCGUGGGGCAGUCGGCGCACGGGAAGUGCGAUGAUUGUCUGGAGGUGCGCAUACGCAACAACAUGACCGUUGUGGCCGACGACAAUUGUCUAGAGAGACAAUAUUUCAUCUGCUCUGAAAGGUACUGCGACUUCGCUGAAAGCACUAAGAAGCGCCAUCACAGUCACGAGCAUUUACAUCACUUCCAUCACGAUAUUGGCGAGCCCAGCGACGAGGCUGAGGCAGGCGUUGACGUGGAUGGACAGCAACCUGACUUACAAGAGUUGUUAACGGAUAAGCCGGAAGGCUCGGAGGAGGGAGUUGAUCCACCAGUGGGAGGUCCGACGAGCGGACCGGAAUCAAACGAGAACCCAAGUAACGCGACAACUGUAACCGUAGAUAAUAAUGUAGCGACUACAGUGCAAAAGGGACCUGAAAAGCCAACCGUGGAUCCGAACAAGUCCCCUGAAGUCGGUACUGAGGUGUCGAGCGAGCCACCUGAGGGCACAAAAAUGACUACAGACGAGCCACCUACAACUGUGAAGCCCACUGAAGUCGCUUCUACGGACAAGACAUCUGGAACUACAACUGUGGGGCCGAGCGACCCGAACAACGAGCCAAACGCCACGAAAUAA